CGUAGCUUAGGUCACAAGCAUAACUUUGGGUUGUUUUGCUUGUACGGAUGUAAUUUCUUAUUGGAUUGGAUUAAUUUAAAGCGGGUUAUUUGGUGGAUUAACAGUGAGAUGACGCAGAAUUGAUGGUGAAGAAAGUGCUAUUUCUUUGAAGAAGGAUUACAAAUUAAGACAACAUACAAUGGAACAGGGUGAAAUAAAAGUUAAAACCCUGAGGGAAAUGUUCCAAAAUGAUGAAUCUUCAAACAUCCGAUUCAAACCUGCCAUCCCGGAGAAACCCAAAAAUAUUUCCCUAGUAUCUCCCACUGGAAAAAUCAGCAACCCCCUUAUUGCAUCUAUCAACUCAGCUGUGGACAACCGCCUGGCCCCUCGUGUGGUCUUUAAAGAUGACAAAAAGAACCUCAAAAAUUCUCAGCCAGAGACUUCACUUAUAAAGGCAAAGCCUGUUUUGGUGGAUAAGCACCAGAAGAAGCAAGCAGAUAUUAUUAAACAAGCCUUAAAUGAUAGGAAGAUCGUGCUCACGAAUCAUGUUACUCCAGUCUUAGAACAGACAACCAAACCUGCAUCUGUCCCAAAGUCCCCAGCUGCGAGGACACCUGUCAAAGUCUCUCCACCAUUUAACAGGAAAAAUCCCUCAGAAUGGGAUGUACCAGUUUCUCCUGUCCUCAAUCGUUCAUAUUCUCCAGUUAAUAAGCCUAUGAUUUUCAAAUCUCCUGUUACACCAGUUAGAACAACCCCUAAUUUCUCUGCUCCAGUUAUUUCUUCUCCUGAUGUUUCAAUCUCAAAACCUCCUGCCCUAACAGUUCCGGAACCCGUCUUUAAAAAUGGUCCCCAAAUUAAGAACCCAAGUCCAGAACUUCCUAUUAGACUUAAUUCCGAUUUAAAAAGUCCAAAAGAUGAAGUUUUUUCAUAUGGUUUACCAGAAGAGGCGAUCUCCAUUCCAGAAAGCCAUUCUUUUUUAAAUAUAAAUAUUCCACCUCCAAUUAUUCCUGAUGACUUUUCUGAUACUGACGCAUCUGUUCAAGAUGUAUCUGCUCUUGUUACUCCUAAGCAAUCUUCUGCUGGGGCUUCUCUUCUUGAAACUCCAAUUUUCAGCAGUCCAGCUCUGUUUCGUACAGCCUCUCCUAUGCCAGCAACAGAAACUCCAGUUUCAGAUGCUGCUUUUAUAUUCAGUCCUUUGCCAACACAUUUAGCCCCAUCAACAAAUGUUGAGUCAAUGGUGGAAAGCAGGAUAAAUCAAUCCCACAAAGCGAAUGACCACAGAGGGGAGCUCUUGGAAAAUCCAUUGCCCAGCUCUCCCUUGACCCCUUCAUUGUUCUCUGCUCUAGCGAGAGCUGAAGAGAAGUCUCCUGUUAAGCAAAACUCUAGUGAUCUGCGUCUGCUUAGCCUUCUAGAAAAGGCUAAACGCAAGUCUACACUAGGCACUCAGUUAUCCCCACCUGAAUUUCUGCCUGUAGUUGAGACAGGUCUUCCCAACAAUAGUCCACUUGAGUCUUCAUUACCAGACACAGUCUAUGCUGAUCCAUUCUCACAUGUGGAUGCUCUAAAUGUUCCUGAGCCGAUUACUCUUCCUGAUAUUCCUCCUGUCGAUUAUGAAGCCAGGGAAGAAGAACCAACAACUCCCAAUGACCAAGAUCACAGCAAAGGAUCGCCUGCUCCGAAGAUUGUGAUUGUACAAAAACCUGCUGUGCCUCCUCCACCUCCCCCCAGAAAGCCCCAGUCAACUGUGCCUAAUGGUGACCUCAUGCCAGAGAAACCACCUCAGUCUCCAGACACACACAUGCAGUCCACCAUUCUGCCAAGUCAGCCCCUAGAGGACAAUGAAAUCAUCAUCCCGGCUCCUUUAGCUUUUACAUCAAAGGAUACAGAAAAUGAAGAUGAAGAAAUCCUGAAUCCAUUUCAGAUGGUUGGCUCACAAGCAGAAGUUCCUCCUGAACCAUCAUUACCAGAUGAAAUGCAUUUGGGACACUUAAAUCUACAUCAUCAGACCCCAAAUAUAGACACUACAGAUACUGGGGUUCCCAGGACAUUGACACCUGAACAUUCAAAUUUAGUACCAAACUCUCUUUUCAGUUCAACUCUCCCUUCUCCAUCAGGUAGCACGGAAUAUGAAGAUCUGACACCCAGCAAGAGAAGUAAAGCACCAAAGAAACACCGCAAGGGAUCUCCUUUGAAUCCAUAUUCUGAUACAUCACUUGCGGUCACUGGAGAGGAGGAGGUCUUGUACCAAGCAAAAGUGGCAGAGACAGUUAAGGGCCGUAAAGAUGAUCUGACGAUAAGGGCUGGAGAGACCAUCAGCAUUCUUCGCACCACUGACUGCCCUAAAGGGAAAUGGCUGGCUAGAAACAGCACCAACAAAUAUGGCUAUAUCCCACUAAAGUCUGUGGAGCUAGAUAUUCAGGAGAUGAUCAUGCUAGGAAAUAAAGCUAAAGCUAACAACAGGGCCAACAGUAAUGGGAUCGUACACCCUGAGACCCCAAUCGAAGAAGACAGCGAGGAAUGGGGUGACGACGAUGACACAGUUUUCCUACCAGGUCACGCCAAAGAUGAGUCUCACGAACACACACAAUCUUUCGGACUGGAGAGGAUGGCCUUUCCAGACAUUAGUGAGUCAUAA